AUGUGGGAAUUUACUAAAAAGCCGCAAAUUUCAAAAUUUUCUUCUUUAUCAGCAUUUUCCGAAGAUACUUCAUCAGAAAUUCUGUUUGCAGAACUUUCUCGAAUGAAAAAGAAACUUUUAUUAAGAUCCUGCAAAAAUGUUACUCGCUUUACUAUCGGAAACCCUUUGACUCAAAAACUGUCUGAGGAACAACUUCGUACAAUCGCUAGCUUACUACCUGAUAUUGCCAUCGCUUCAUUCGAUUACAAAUUACAAACAUUUCAAGGAUCAAUUCUUUUCGCAGAUAUUUCAGGAUUUACAGAUCUCAGUGAUAAAUAUCAAAAACUGGAAAACGGCGCUUCAAAAUUAAGUUCUGUCCUUAAUACAUAUUUAGGAAGCAUGGUGCAGGAAAUUUUAUCUCACGAUGGUGAUAUAAUAAAAUUUGCGGGCGAUGCAUUUAUAGCUGUAUUCAAAGCUGAAAAUGAUUUCUCAAUACAAGAUGCUAUUCAUCGAGCGAUGGACACUUCGUUAAUAAUUCAAAAUAAAUGUAGAAAUUAUCUUACAGAAAUUGGCGUGAUAUUGAAUGUUAAAAUUUCUAUCACAUGCGGAGAUUUGUAUUUUUCGGUAAUUGGUGAAGCACAUUGUUCUAAUUACAUUAUUUUUGGUGAUCCCGUUUGGGAAGCAAAAGCUCUUGAAAAUAAAGUGACAUCAGGAGAAAUUUUAAUGACAUCUAAAGCAAUGUUUUUUGCAAAAGAAUCUCUUUACAUUCAUCAAUAUAACAGACAAUUUCGAUAUUUUAAACUGUUGGGAUUCAAAGAUGGAUAUGAAUUUAGUCAAGGAAGACAAGAAGCAGUUUUAAGUAUUUUUGAACCAGAAUUAGAAAAAACAAUCAGCGAGACUUCAACAAUCAUUCAGGAGAUUUCAAACGAGCUUUCUAUUCUCAGUUUUCCACUGGAACGAGCCAAGGACUCCUAUGCGUGUGAGUAG